ACGUCUGGCGUGGGGCGGCUUAGAUGCGCCACGGCUUCGGUAGCGGCGGCAGGUCCCUGCGGGCUUGAGCCUCUCUAACCUCUCCCCCAGGAGACCGUCGCGGUUGGCCUGUCCCUGCUCCACGGUAACCAUGUGCGACCGAAAGGCCGUGAUCAAAAAUGCGGACAUGUCGGAGGAGAUGCAACAGGACUCGGUGGAGUGCGCUACUCAAGCGUUGGAGAAAUAUAACAUAGAGAAGGACAUUGCGGCCCAUAUCAAGAAGGAGUUUGACAAGAAGUACAACCCCACUUGGCACUGCAUCGUGGGGAGAAACUUCGGUAGUUACGUGACACAUGAAACUAAGCACUUCAUCUACUUCUACCUGGGCCAAGUGGCCAUUCUUCUGUUCAAAUCUGGUUAAAGCAUGGACUAGCCCACACACCCAGUGAUCCAUCCAAAAACAAGGACUGCAGCCUAAAUUCCAAAUACCAGAGACUGAGAUCUUCAGCCUUGCGAAGGGAACGCCUCCAUCUUUGUACCUUUGUUGUGUAGUUUUGUACAGGGCCUUCUCUGUACUAGUUUGUUGUGGUUAUAAAACAAUUAGCAAACCGGCUUACAUUUGUAUUUAUUUUCUAUUCCUUAUUUUCCCUGCCUUAUGUUUUUUCUUUCCUCACAAUCCAUUCCUUUCAGAAAAACAAUAAAUUUGUUGGAGAUGUG